AUGAUUAAAGCUAUUUUAGUAUUUAACAACCAUGGUAAACCUAGGCUCUCAAAGUUCUAUCAGUAUUUCCCUGAAGAUAUGCAACAACAAAUAAUUAAAGAGACGUUUCAAUUAGUUUCCAAAAGGGACGACAAUGUGUGCAAUUUCCUCGAAGGUGGCAGUUUAAUUGGGGGUAGUGAUUACAAAUUAAUAUACAGACAUUACGCGACCCUCUAUUUCGUGUUCUGCGUGGAUUCCUCCGAAAGCGAAUUGGGAAUCCUGGAUUUAAUACAAGUUUUCGUCGAAACUCUAGACAAAUGCUUCGAAAACGUUUGCGAAUUGGAUUUAAUAUUCCACGUAGAUAAAGUCCAUUUCAUCCUAAACGAGCUAGUUAUGGGCGGCAUGGUACUGGAAACGAACAUGACUGAAAUAUUAACGAGAAUCGAAGAUCAAAACAAAAUGGAAAAACAAGAGGUUAGUUCAUUAGUUUACUUAAUAAUUAUAUUAAUCGUGUAUUGUUUAGGCUGGGAUAACAGCGGCUCCUGCCCGAGCAGUCUCGGCCGUCAAAAACAUGAACAUUCCCCAGCAGAUAAAAGACAUCAAACUCCCCGACUUGCCGCAGGCCAUCAAGGACUUGAAAUUCUGACCUCGAACAGCCAAGGAUUUCCAAAACCAUCGGUUGCCCCCGUUUCACCUUCCCUCCCCUUCGGAGUCUCUUCUCGAAGAACCCUCUUCUGUUAA